AUGUCUCAGCAUAGCAAAUACACUGCUAAUAAAAUUGUCCGGGGGCCGCAUUCUGACAGCGUUUUGGUGGACAAUUUCGAUGAUGACGUCGAGAACGCGCAUUGCAACGUCUGUGUGUCCCAUCCGGCCACCAGCGAUGACGGCUCUAUGGAUCCAGACUCCGGUGUCAAAAGAGGACUCCAGAACAGACAUCUGUCAAUGAUGGCUUUGGCCGGCAUCAUUGGGCCUGGUUUGUUGGUUGGCGCGGGUGGCGCAUUAAACAAUGGUGGCCCUGCCUCACUGCUCAUAGGAUUCGCAGUCAUUGGCGUCAUCGCAUUUUCAGUCAUGCAGUCCCUAGGUGAGAUAACAACUCUGUAUCCUGGGGGGGGAUCUUUUGUUUCCCUAGCCGAGCGCACUGUGGACAAAUCCUUCUCCGUUGCCGUCGGUUGGAACUACUUCAUCAUAUGGGCAACAGUGUUAGCCAGUGAAUACAACGUCAUUUGCAGCAUCCUCACUUUCUGGGCUCCAAAAGUUCCCUUGUGGGGAUUCUUCAUCAUCCUCUGGUUCGUCUUCACCGGGUUUCAGCUACUUGGCGUCGAGGCUUUUGGUGAAGCGGAGUUCUGGCUGGCGCUUCUCAAGAUCCUUGGCCUGACAGUGUACUUUAUCUUUUCGAUUGUGUAUGCUGCCGGUGGUCUAGUUGGCCAAGAGGAGCCUAUUGGGUUUCGUUAUUGGCACGAUCCUGGUGCAUUCAACGGGAAUGGAUUUCGUGGCGUGGCAACUGUUUUCGUUUUUUGCUCAACCUUUUACGCUGGUGUGGAAUCCGUUGCUGUCGCAGCUACUGAGACAAGGAAUCCUGGUGUUGCCGUACCCCAGGCAAUUCGGCAGGUCUUCUGGAGAAUCAUCUUCGUGUACAUGGGAUCAGCCCUCUUUUUCGGCAUGACUUGCCCUGCGAAUGCUGAUGGACUGUUGAACGGCGGCGCGAAAGCACUGCAGAGCCCAAUGACGAUUGCCAUACAGAAUGCCGGCUGGCAAGCAGGUGUUCAUCUCGUCAAUGCAUUCAUUCUGGUCACCUGUCUAUCUGCCAUCAACUCCUCAAUUUACAUUGGUUCUCGAACUAUCUUGUACAUGGCACAGUCCGGCAAAGCACCUCGUUUCAUUGGCUGGACUAACAAACAGGGAGUUCCCGUUUGGGCCAUACUCAUUACCAACGCCGUUGGCUCCAUUUCAAUGAUGAACGUCUCCACGGGAGCAUCCAGGGCCUAUGGUUACAUUGUCAACUUGUCGGGCGUGAGCACUUUUUUGGUAUGGGGAAGCAUUAGCUUCAUACAUAUCCGCUUCCGUCGAGCUUGGGUCGCGCAGGAUCGAAGCCUGGGAGCGAUUCCCUUCAAGAGCAUGUUCUAUCCUUUUAUUGCCUACUUUGGUCUAGCAGCCAAUGUGUUCCUUGCUCUUGUUCAAGGAUGGACGACAUUAUCUCCUUUUGACGCAGGCGCGUUUGUCGACGCAUAUAUUCUGCUGCCGCUUUUUGGAGUGAUGUACCUCUGUGGUAAGUUGUAUUGGAGAGGUGAGGACAGGUUGAAGAGAAGCUGUGAGAUGGAUCUCGACAGUGGAAGGAGGGCUGAUUUAGACGGUAAGGGAGUUGUCUCGGGGGAUGAGGCACGGCCAAGCAGCAGUAAAGUACCCUUGUGGGAGAAACUGUGGAGUGUCUUGUAG